AUAGACACUUCGGGCGCCGGCUCUUUCAAACUUCGAAUGCUAACCAGACAAGUCGAAAACAACCUUACCGGUCAUCCACCACACUCUGCUAGCCUCACCUACAGCACUGCUACCCACCGACUAUCUGUACUUUGGCACCAAUGUAUGAGUCUUCGCCGUUCCAGAAACCAAGGAUAGCUACUCUCAUCAUCACGGGCCACAGUGAAGGGCAGGCGAGUAUAUCAGUGAACACCAUGGAUCCCUGGCCUUCAUAGCCAGAUUUAGUCUAUCGAACACCAACAUCAAGUUUUGACAAUUCGCAUAUCGGCCCAGUGGUUUUUCGUCGCAUGAGAUGAACCGACAAAGUUUCUGCAGCUACUUCUCCCAGGAUUUCUCUAGGCUUAGUUCGUCUUAUCUCGUCCAUCAGACACAAUUACCUCACGCAUUACCUGGGUCCUCCACAGCCUGCCUACAUUGUGCAGAAACGAAGCGAUCGCGUCCAUACUUAGCCUCCGUCUCACGCACCGCAGAUUUAUUUACCAAAGAUUUCUCUUGGCUAGGCAUGUGGCCCGCCGUUGGGGAAUGUCUACUCGCAUUUCUUGAUGCUUCACGUCACUUCACAUGCUCUACACAGCUGACGCCUGUCAGUUCUAUCUCCUCAGUAUGCCUCUUCGCACAUUUCGUUCGCUUCCAUCAUCACCCACCUUCGUAUCUAUCUAUCAAUGGCAUUCUGUCGAGCGCAAAAGACAACCUACUCUCCGCAGCAGUCCGUUUGAGCAUUUCGAAAGACUUACCUUUUCUCAAAUGACCUAGGUGCAUCGCACGACCGAUCAAUUACCUCGACAGUGUACUUUGUAUGCUUGCAUUACCGAAAUGGCCACCUCGUCGUCGCACUCCGUAUCUCGAUGCCAAUGUUCUCUUACGUUCCCCCGGGUCUAUGGUGGAAAGGCUUGUAAGGAGAGUUCGUCUGCAUUACUUAUGCAAGUGCUCACAACCUGGACCUCCACCCCACCGGCUCCGGGCCGGCCUCAUUCGUCCGUUGAUCCAGGUCGAGCGUUCCUAAUGCAUGCAGAGGGAAGUAUACAUGCCCAUGGGGCCAUCCCCAGCUGUCGUGGCAUGCUCUGGCUAGUCGGUGGCCGGAUCACUAUGUGCUGAGCCCACACUCCCUUCUCUGAGAGCAAUCUGACCUACAUACGCUCCUCUUUGCCGUUACGCCCUAGGCCCUCCUUGCGAUAUCUUAGGUAGCGGUUGCUGGAAUCGACCAGAUUGCAUAGUUUGGCCUGAAUCUGUUGACACAAGGAUCGUUCACUCGAUUUAGUAGCUCGAGGGUCGAAGCGACCAAUGCCUCGUUGUUUUUGACACACCUUGGGCCUUGCUGGAGACAGACUCAUAAGGCAAGACUUGACGUAUCUCUCACGAAGAAAAGAACAAAACAUAGCCAACGUCCAGCGAAUUGUGCACGCUCUCGUCCUCCUCAGAAUCAAAGCUGACCAUUGCACGAAGACAACAGAAUUCGGACACGUCAGAAGCAAGCACCUGGUGUCUGGGCGUGUGCUGCCAACACAGAGCGAGAGCGCUCUUGAUCAUUGGGUUUGAAGUCAGGCGGGGUGGUGGCGUGUGUUUCCGUGCUGGCCGUUGAAAUCGAGACCUGCAGCUCCGAAUCGCUGUUGCAGCCACUUCCCGUCCAGUAAGUGGCUGCGAGUGUAGCGACCACGUUACCGCUGCAUAUUUGAGAUUACCAUGCUAAGCCCAUGAAGCAAGCCAUCACUUUGUCCCUUUUUGCUUAUCAGCUCAAUUGACUGUGGUCGAUCUUGGUCGAUAUAUCGUCAAAAGCCGUAUGAGGCAUUCGCAACGGUUUCGACCUUCCCUCCAACUUGGUCACCACAGUUCAACCAAACUCCUACAAGACCGAGGAUUGCACGACGAGAGUCUCCCGGAUAGAAGAGGUGAGGGGCGCCGCGGAAACCCUACGACUCUAACGGUUAGGUCUGGGUCGUUGGACGAUGAAAUCCUGAGACGCAGACGUUCCUCGUUCGGCUCGGUCCGUCAGUGUAGGUCUGGAAAAUGGAGCAAGGCAUUCAGAGGAUCGACUACCGCCUCCUUCAAGGCUGCUGCCUCGAAGCUGAGCGCGCCGACAUUCUAUCGGUGAGCCUUGAAGGGCUCCGCAUGGCUCUUCCUGAGGCUUAUGGGGGCACCAUCACCAGUCUUGUUGACGAGAUACGGAGGUCUGCAAGGAAGCUGAGAGACUUGGCGGAUCGAUCGCAGAUGCAUUUCACCAGGGUACCAAUUUUGCUCAACUACCUCGACGUCAUACUUCCAUGUUAUUCCAAGACACUUCGCGACAUGACCGACUUUUACGAAGAUCGGACCGUGAGCAAGGAUAUGCGAUGGCGAAGGAUGUACCACAAGAUGACACAGGAGGCCAAUGGCAUACCACUACCUCAGCGGUUCACGCUUUACAACUGCUUUUUAGAGUCUCUCCAACACCUUCUCAUGAGGUCGACACUCUUUGACCUAAAUGGCCUAGAGACGCUUCGGACUAGGAUAAUCAAGUUGAGAGAAGCAAUAGGACUCCCUACGCCAACAACCCAAAUGGGGCCUGUCCUUCGACCAGAGGUUAUGCUCAGACCAAUACCUCAGGAUCCGACAUUACACUGGGCGGAGCAGAUCUUCUCCCUUCCGCUCACCUCCCGAACGGCUUUGAAGCACAUCAGACCAUCGACAGCUUAUGGUCCUUUCUUAACGUGGGGACAACUGAAUAUUCCCAAACAGGUCAAGAUGCUGUUCAGAAGACCAUUCGACGAGGAUCGCCUUGCGUUGAUGACCUAUCUGAAUCAUGUUAACCAGACCCCCUACUUUCUCCUCCGGACAUAUCAUUUGGGGGGCCAGUGGUUCUCACUACUCGGUACCCACGAAAUCUUCAUAAGGCGUGAGGGCAGCGCCUUGCUACUGGACCGGUACAGUCAUUCUCAGAUGGGCGUCAAACUAUGGGCAUCUCUCUACUUCAAAACCUGGGAGGAAUUGGUCCUGUUUCACUGCACAUUCGUCUCUCUCAAGGCUCGAAAUAUUUUGACGAGCAGAAUGAGCCCAAGGGAGUUCAAGCUCGGUAGUGAAGACCGACUGUUCCAGGCCCAAAUCCUUGAUGAUGGCUUCAAGCAUUCUCUCAUUGUCUUCCGCGACCUCGUCACCCAAGGUCUUCGUCUCCAAGCUUCGGUGUGGGAUGGUGAACUCAAGAAUUGUCCAGUUUGGACCGCUUUCGUCACACACCAAUCCGCCUCUCCGACCUGGCUCGUACGCAAAUCAGAUCACCGCAUCUGGCUUAAAGACGUUCAGCUUUAUGUCUUUUGCGACCAAUACCAUCAACAGAAUCAGAGGAAAGGAUCCUCUGCCGGCGCCUUUGAGAUCGACUUUGUCUCCGAGAUGGGUGCGAAGCGGUUCAUUGAGGCAGUACAGUCGCAGUCGGAUCCCUCCGAGGCAUCUACAGACACCAUGGAAGCCAUUGAGGACGCCAGAUAACUCGUAACCGAUGAUAAGCUUCCUCAACGCAAGGGUAUAUAUAUGUAUACCCACUCCGACUCCGGACCAACAUGGUGCCCCCCUUCACCGACACCUUCCACCCCCAGGACGCUGCCACUCGCCGUUUUGCGGGGCACAUACCUCGACAGAUUUGCGGGACUUGAAGAGUAGGUGAGCAGACAUCCACCUACUCUCAGUCCGGUACCUUACUUGCCCAGACCCUCUCUCCUCCACGUCUUCCCAAGGAAGAACCGCUCUAACGAGCUUCGACACGCGCAUCUCUAAUUCCUUCCACGAUUUUUCUACGGCAGUCUGUUUUUCUUCCCUUUUCAGCCUGGACAAUGGUCGAACGCAGCUUCAUUGUAUCGCAGGGGAUAAGCGAGCGGAUGUUUUGUAUCUCGGAGGAAAUACCCCGGAAGAUUGCUCUGAGGGGUACUUUUCCUGCCCAGUUUCGUAUGCGUUCCAUUGCGUUUCUUAAUUCCUCUUCUCUUUGUUUCAUGACUUGACGACCUUUAUGAUUGAGAUUGAUGAUUACGCAACACAGAACAUUCACGAGUUGAAAAGAUCCCAGAGAAGGGGUCAGGGAGGGC